CGUCCUUUCUACUGGACCAUCAUCAUCUACCAACGAUCGCCUCCGCAGCUCGCAGUGCUCUCCACCCUAUAUAUCUGGUGCCGCAGAGUCUGUACUCUUACCAACGACCCCCAAGAUGGCUAACCAAUCGCCAAUGCUAUCUAUUCCCAAGAAGACGACAGAGGAAGUCGACUGGACGACCCCGAUUCGCUCUCUUAUCGCCCACUCUUACGGAGAGAACCCAGAUAACUACGCCGCUGAGUGCGCGGCACUACAGAGAUGUCGCCAAGACGCUGUACGGGGCGCAGGCAGCGAUACGACUGCUCGCGAUCUCUUAUACAAGUAUUUUGGCCAGCUCGAGCUCCUCGAGCUUAGGUUCUCCGAAAUAAAAGUCACCUUUCCUUGGAGAGACGCAUUUACGAACAAAUUAACGACGCAGACAUCCAUUGCGUACGAGAAGGCAUCGAUACUAUUCCAGAUAGCUGGGACACACUCAGCUAUCGCUGCCUCACAGAGCAGAUCUGAUCCGGAGGGUCUCAAACGUGCUUUCUACUACUUCAAGACUUGCGCGGGCAUGUUAACGUAUAUCAACGAGAACUUUCUCCACGCGCCAUCGACUGAUCUAAGUCGAGAGGUUGUCAAGUUUCUUGUCAGCGUCAUAUUGGCGCAAGCAACAGAGGUUUUCUUUGAAAAGUGCACUGAGGAGAAGAAAGGCAUUGUUUUGGUGUCCAAAGUUGGGGCUCAGGCAGCUUCAAUGUACAAUUCGUUGACGGAGGAAGUCAAGGAAUUUAUGGGCAAGGGCAUCUUUGAUCGAAAUUGGGUGACUCUCCUUCAGGUGAAAGCGAAAUAUUUUACCUCCCUGUCUCACUAUUACCGUGGGCUGGGUGAUAACACCGCUGGAAAGCAUGGCGACGCGCUCGUACGCUUUAAUCUUGCCGAAAGCCUCGCAAAGGAAGCCUCCCGAACCGCAUCGUCUUUAUUCACAUCAACAGUGUCGCCUACUCUCCCUGUAGAUGCCAGCACUGCAUUACAAGACCGCAUGAAAGCCCACCUUGCCGUCUGCUCGGACCGCAAAUCUGAAGCACAGCGCGAAAAUGACCUCAUAUACAACGCUGUGUUACCUGCACCUGAAGUGCUCCCAGCAAUCGACAAGAUUGUUGUGGCUAAUCCUAUCCCGAUACAAGAAGUUUAUGGGACGUCUGAGGUGCAAAAGACGAUUGGGCAAGAUUUAUUCCUGCGGCUUGUCCCAUUGAGUGUCCAUGAAAGUGCCAGCGUGUAUUCGGAAGAGAAGGCAAAACUUGUUCGUGGCGAGGUGGAGAAGGCAGAAGGUGCUGAAGGCGAAGUUCGGAGUGUGUUGGAUGGCUUGGGCAUAAAAGAUGGUUUGACCAGGUUCCGGGCAAUGGCAGAAGGGGAGGUUGGUGGAGCGGAUGAAAUCCCAGUGGAUGUGCGAAGGUGGAAAGAUGAUAUCUCCUUGAUUGAAGAGAGAGAAGGCGUUGAGACUCUUGUGGCGCAGCUUUCACAGCUCAAGAAUGGUGUACGGCAACAACUAGAGACCAUCUCGCAGGACCUGGACUCUGAAUCGCGCAAUUGUGAGAUGAUGAGGGUGAAGUACGAGCAUCUUUGGACACAGGAACCAUCGGCGGGCGUGGGGAAGUCGUACAGACAGGAUCUCAAGUCUCAUUUUACCACUCUGGAUGCUGCUGCGCUUUCGGAUCAACAGGUUGCGAUGAUGUGGCAGUCGGUAAAGAGCGACAUUGGGCUUCUCUUAAGCCCCCAGUUGGAAGAUGUGUUCAGAGCUAGUACUGAGCAUGGAGGAAACGGAACUGAAAACAUCCUAGAUCUGGACUUGAACGAAGGAAGCGAUGCACAGGAACAAGCCAAAAUUGGCAACUUUGUAGCAGAGAUCGAGGAGCGAAUGGGGCGGCUUAACAAGAUUGCUAGGGAGAGAAAUGAAAUUUUGAAGGAUCUCAAGGAAAAGGUCCAAACCGACGAUGUUUCGCAUCUUCUUUUGCUGAAUCGACGCAAUACUGGAGUAGAGCCGACUCUAUUUGCUGCGGAAUUGGAGAAGUUCCGUCCAUACCAGCAGCGCUUAGAGGCGACGCUGCAACACCAGGGCGUCGCUUUGCAGGAGAUCGCGACGCUAUGGAAGAGUCUAAAGGAUCUUGCCGAUCGUGGUCCUGGAGCUCGUAAAUGGGAGGAAAGAGAAAAGCGUAAAAAGGACACAGUCCGGCGCUUCUCUCGAGCUCGAGAUGUGUACAUGGAGGUCCGAGAUGGUUUAGCCAAAGGAUUGCAAUUUUACAAUGACCUGACGGGUUUGACGAAUAGCCUCUACGAAAAUGUCAAGUCUUUCAUUGCCGGAAGAGUCGCUGAAAAAGACAAUCUAGUAUCUCAAAUUGAGGUGGAAAAGCGGCUUUCUUCCGCAUCUGCGCCACGUCCACCUUUAGCCCCAAAGCCUCCUUUGCCGCCUCCACCUACAUCAGGGGACCUUAACUCAGCAUUCUCCUCCAUGAAUCUGCGAGGAUCUCCGACGCCUGUGGGCCGUUCAUGGCAGAAUACGGCGUCUCCCUCGCAACAAUCAUAUUCACCUUCAUCAUAUAACUUUGCUUCCUCGCCCCUUUCCCCGCCUCCGCUUUCAUCUACGUAUGCUUCUUCCUCUCUCUCACCUUCAUCUACAUUCACUUCCUCAUUGCCGCCACCGCCACCGCCGCCGCCAUCUUCAGCUUCUUAUCUACCUCCUCCGCCUCCCCCACAACCUCAAGAGUCAUAUUCUUCUUCGCCCCCCACGCAACAGAAUGACCCUUAUGCCAACCUUGGUAUGUUUGGCAUGGCUACCCCAUCUGCACCUCCGAGUCAGUACCAAACAAGUUCACCCUCUCGACAGAUGUCGGUACCGCCGGUUCCUCACCAGCUACAAUACCAGAAUCAAUCACAGUGGAUGCCGUCCCCGCCUGCACCGUUAUCUUAUCAGACUCAAAAUGGUCAGCAGCAGCAAUAUCAAGGGUUCACUCCGCCCUCUCAUCCUUAUGGGUACCCGCCACGGGGACAAGGGCCAGGUUAUGGACGCUGAUAUUGUUGUAAUGGAAAGACACGAUAGAACAGUUGUAUAAUAGUAUUUAUGGAUGUUCUUGAUGACGAUACACUAUCACAACUCGCUAGUUGAUCACGAAUAUGACCAAAGGUAUACUAUGAAGGAAUUGGCGACUGAAUGGAUGCUUUACGUCCUAAAUAUGUAUGC